AUGAUCUUUUACAAGAAGAAGCAACGCCAGAUCAAUGACAGCAUCAACGCUCAACCUUCAAAGUCCAAGAGCCUACAAACCGUCCGGAGUGGCAUCCACCGAAACUCAAAUAUCCUUCUCAUUCUUCUCCAUUGUCUCUUUCCUCUCGCCAUCGGGGCAUUUCUCAUAGCCCAGGAAGCUCUAGCCAGCGCUAACAAUACGCCCCGCUCCGGCGUUCUCGGCUACCUCACCGGCACUGGUGGUAUCCUUCUCCAACUCACUCUGAUUGCUCGCACCCUGGUUCCAUCCAAUGCCGCUCGUUUCAUGGAUAAGCUCACCAUCUGCGUGGCGGUAAUUCAGUUUCUCAGCUGCACAGUUGGUGCUUUUAUCGUCUUAGCGGUGGUCCGUAAGAUUUACCUUGUGUUUUCUGUUUCUCUUGCCAACGCCAUCUUCUGUAUUCUACCCAUUUUCCUGGCUGCUACAUCGAUCAUGGGUGAACAGAAGGCGAGCGAAAGCGUCGGUCACUGCAGAAAUGAAGCUCCCUUUGCAUCCAGUCGCCUUCGCGCUCCCUUUAUUGUCAAAGGAGGAUCUAAUUGGGUGGCAAGCCACGCAAAAACGAACAAAUUAGACGGUUUGGGAGGUGACGUUUCUGUCUUCGAAACGCAAUUCUAA